AUGGAACCGGAGUCAAAGGUUCUGGUUGAAUUGUUCGAUCCCGCCUCUAUGCCAUGGAAGCGAUGGUUACAAAGGUUCGACGGUGCCAUGACCAUACAUAAAAUUACGGGUGAAGAUAAAGUGCCUUAUAUUCUGCACCACUUGGGGGUUGCAAAUUACGCCAAGUUGUGCGAUUUCUGCGAUGAUGUAGAUCUCUACAAGCUAAAGUAUACAGAUUUGAUCGCUUAUUUGGCAUCCUUGUUCGAAGAUAAAGUCGUCGAGAUUGCAGAAGCCUAUAAAUUCCACUGCAGGAAGCAAGGCCAAGGUGAAUCCGUUAAAGAUUAUGUGACAGCACUCAAAAAGUUGUCACAGACAUGUGGAUUCGGGAGUUUUUUACAAACGGCGAUUCGAAAUCAGUUUGUUUACGGGUUAAAUAACCCGGCGAUUCGUCAACGUCUACUGGAAACGGAAACGCUGACCUUGGAAAAAGCGUUAAACGUCGCGUCGGCAAUGGAAUUGUCGAAAAAGGAAAACGAAGGCUUGAGUGGGUACGACGAGAGUAUACAAUUCGUUGCUACAUCAGGAAGAAGAAGAGGUUCGCAGUUCAACGACCGAGAUAAGUCAAGAAAUUCAAAUUUUAGAAGAGGCGGUAAGCAGUUUGGCGGUAAGAAGGGUAAUGAAAGUUUUUGUUUUCGUUGCGGCUCCCCGGAUCAUAUCGCUAAUAAGUGUUCGUUGGACAAAAACGUAAAGUGCCGAGCAUGUGGUGUCCUUGGACACAUACAGAAAGUAUGUUUCAAAACUAAAUCGCCUCACGUUGGAUUAUUAGAUUCCGAAUAUAAUAACAAACAGUCGGGCUCGGAAAGCGACGAAAGUGAGCCGUUAAAUGUUAUCGAGGUGUUUGGUAUCGAACACCCAGAAAUGCGAGAUAAAAUUACGGUAAAGUUAAAUGUAAACGGUCACGACGUUAUGUUCGAUCAUGAUACAGGCGCGGGAUUUACGCUUAUGAAUGUUGAUCAGGCAAAAGCGAUUUUCAAACACGGAGUCAUUUACGCGACAAAAUUGACUGCUAUUUCAUACUGUCAUACACCGAUACAAGUUCAAGGUUUUAUGAUUGUUAAAGUAAAGUACAGAGAUUCAAUUUACAAAUUAAACUUAUAUGUUACAAAUUUAGUACGGCCCCCGUUGCUUGGCCGCGAAUGGAUGCGAAUAAUGCGGAUGUUCCCGUUCGACGGUACAAAUGAAGUGUGCAAUAGCGUGAUGGAAAAAGAGUCAAACAUUGAUAAAAAGACAGAGAUUGAAAAGCUUUUUCAGAAAUAUCCAAAUUUGCUUAAAGAGGACAUGAGUCCUAUUCAUGAAUUUAAAGCCACGUUGGUUUUGAAAGAAAAUGCUACGCCGGUUUUUAUAAAAGCAAGACGCGUUCCUUUUAGAUUAAUUCCCUUAGUCGAAACAGAGCUCGAUAAUUUAGAAAAAAAGGAUAUAAUUGAGAAAGUUAACACAUCUAAAUUUGCCACGCCAAUCGUGCCAGUUCUAAAAAAAAAUAAUACGGUACGUAUUUGCGGUGAUUUCAGCAUAACCAUAAACCCGCAGUUAAUUGUCGAUGAAUACCAUUUACCGACUACGGAUGAACUAUUGGCAGAUAUGGCUGGCUGUAAAAUUUUUGCUAAAGUUGAUUUAUCUCAGGCUUAUUUACAAUUGUGUUUGGAUGAAAAGAGCUCUGAAAUCGUCGUAUUAAAUACGCGUCGCGGUUUGUACAAAUGUAAACGACUGUGGUAUGGUUUAGCGCCCGCAGUUGCUAUUUGGCAACGUUUUAUGGAAAGCAUUUUAGCGGGGAUUAAAGGAGUCUCUGUCUUUAUCGAUGACAUUAAGAUGGGUGCGGCAAGUAGUAGUUUGUUAAUUGAAACAAUUGACGGUGUUUUUUCUCGUUUGAAUGCAUACAAUGUACAUGUGUGUAAAAGUAAGUGUACAUUUUUUGAAAAAUCUAUCGUUUAUUGCGGUUUAGUUUUGAGUGAACUAGGUAUACGUAAAAUGCCGGAAAAAAUGAUUGCUAUCGAGAAUAUGCCGCGGCCAACGAACAUUAGAGAAUUGCAGUGUUUCAUUGGUAUGAUAAAUUAUUACAAUAGAUUUAUCCCGAAAGUUAGUUCGAUUUUACACCCAUUUUUUGAAAUUUUACGUGGGAAGAAAACUUUUUCGUGGAACAUUGAUUGUGAAAAGGCUUUUCGUAAAGCUAAAAAUGUUUUUCAAAGCGAUGUUUGUUUGGCCUAUUUUGACCCCAAACUUAAACUACUAUUAGCUUCGGAUGCGUCGCCCACCGGAUGUGGGGCAGUUUUGUCCCAUUCCUAUCCAGACGGAUCGGAGAGGCCCAUUAUGUUUAUUUCAGCGACUUUUAAUUCAACGCAGAGAAAUUGGGCUCAAGUAGAUAAGGAAGCUUAUGCGAUUGUCUGGGCUGUUAAGCGUUUGUACCAAUACGUAUAUGGCAGAAAAUUCGAAUUGAUAACAGAUAAUAGAGCCAUUCAGCAAAUUUUUUCACCGGAUAAAAGUUUGCCUGUGUUCAGUGCGAUGCGUAUGCAGCACUAUGCAAUUUUUUUGCGGGGUUUUACGUAUACCAUUAGAUUUAAGAAAUCGGAACAUAACGCUAAUGCGGAUUGCCUGUCACGUUUGCCGGUACCGGGCAGCGUAGAGAGUGUUGAUGCACUGAGUGUGUACUACAUUAACUUGGUGUCCACCAUACCAGUUACUUUUGAGGAAAUUAAAAAAGAAAUUGAUUCUAAGCAAGAUGCUGACAUUUGUAAAGUCAUUAAUUUGAUCAAACAAGGGAAAAAGUUAGAAUCAAAAGACACUUGGAAUUGUAACCCUUUGGAAUUUAAUUUGGAAUUUGGAAUACUGUUAAGGGGACACCAAGUUGUAAUUCCACGCAAACUUAGAAAAAGUAUGUUAGAUCAAUUACAUGUCGGUCAUUUUGGUAUUGUCAAGAUGAAAAAUCUGGCUCGCGGGUACUGUUGGUGGCCAAAUAUCAGUUUAGAUAUCGAGCAUAAGGCACGAAAUUGUUACGAGUGCAAUUUACAUAGCAGGAAUCCACCUGCGAAUAAACUGCAUAUUUGGGAACCAGCCAGUGUUCCUUUCGAAAGAGUACAUUGUGAUUUUGCGGGGCCUUUUCUUGGGAAAAUGUUUUUUCUAUAUGUAGAUGCUUUUUCUAAGUGGCCGGAAGUACAUGUGGUAAAAAACAUAAAGACUGAAACAAUUAUUUUAAAAUGUCGUGAAAUAUUUGCUAUUUUUGGACUACCUAAAAAUAUUGUGUCGGACAAUGGUCCGACGUUUAAAGCUACAGAAUUUCAUGAAUUUUUACACAGUCACGGCAUUUUGCAUCGAUUUUCUGCCCCUUACAAUCCUCAAACAAACGGGCAGGUAGAAAUUUAUGUGAAUACGAUUAAACAAUCUCUUAAGAAAAUGUGCGAAAAAGUCUCAGAUGUGCAAGAAGCAUUAUUACAAGUGUUAACGCAGUAUCGUAUCACACCUCAGGUUACAACGGGCAAAGCUCCUUCUGAGCUAUUAUUUGGUACGAAACCGAGGUGCACUUUAGAUCUUUUAAAACCUGUACAAAUAAAACAAACGAUAGUGGAACAUAAUAAUCAAAUUCCGGUAAGAAAAUUCAAACUGAAUGAUCGAGUCGCUUGUCGUAAUUAUGCAAAUACACAAAAAUGGUUUUUUGGUAGAAUAUUAAAAAUUUUGGGAAAAUGCCAUUAUUUGAUUAAGUUAGAUGAUACCAGAAUUUGGAAAAGACACGUAAAUCAACUUAGAAAAAUUGGAGAAGGCAUUGAAAAUAGAAGUACGCCCGAUUAUGAUUAUUAUGUUCCACCUGAAGAGCAAAUGGUUUUUUAUGAGACUGUACAAAAUGAUGAUGUAUCUAACGCAGAGAUCGCGAAUGAAAGCGCGAAUGCUUCGGCGGGUGAAUUGGAUGAAACCCCUCCGGUUGGCCCAUCGGUCACGGAAAUAGAUAAUCCUGUUGUAGAAAGGCCUAUUUUAAUACCUAGGCGAAAGCGAAAGCGACAGCCAAAAUUUCCGGGAAAGUAUGAUGAAUUUAUUUGCGAUAUACCACCUAAAAGAAGUAAGAGUCAAUAA